CAAAAAAUUAAAAGAGGCAGAGCGAAGCAACAGAGUCCACAGAUAUGGAGGGAGCCAUUGGGCGGAUGGAGGCGGCGGCAGCACGGAUGAGGGCAGAAACCAUACGCAUGAGAGAGGAAGUGGAGGAAAAGAAAGCUGCCGCUGAAGAGAUGAAGAAUGAGCUGGAAUUGGAGAAGACGAAACUCCUUGCUGAACUGCUGCUUCUGCAAGAAGCAGAGCGGACCCUCAUGGAGAUUCUGUUCCCGCCCAACUAAUAAGACCACGAGAUCGAAUUCAUAUGUGCCUUUCAUGUUUGGUUCAACCAUCUCGUUGUUUGUUAAUUUUAUAUUUACUCUCUUCUUAUCUCAUUUGUUAGGAAGUAAAUCAUGUAACAGUAGUCAUUGAUCUAGUGAGCCAAACAGGGUAACCUUUGCAGUUCUGUCCAAAGAAAAACAGGGCAACGUUAACCUACAAUUUGGUUGCGUUUACAACUUCCGUUAUGUCAUAAUCAAAAUUUGCUUUUUUG